AUGCUAAUGCCUGACCCGAUAAUCCAUUUUUUUAUGGCUCUGAUACAAAUUCUUACUGGGGCCUCCACAAAUGGUUUCAUUGUGGUGGUCAAUGUCAUAGACUUGAUCAAGCAGAGACAAAUGGCUCCUUUGGAUCUGCUUAUUUCCUGCCUGGCGACAUCGAGGAUUUGUCUGCAGGUGCUCAUCUUCCUUGUGCAUCUGGCUCUUCUCUCCUUCAUUAAACAGCCAGAAUUUCCUGAGUAUUGUACACUUUUCAUGUUUGUAAGUAUUUUAUGCCUUUGGUUGUCCACAUGGCUUGGAGUUUUCUACUGUGCCAAGAUCGCCAACAUCCCACACCCCCUGUUCUUCUGGCUGAAGAUGAGAAUAUUCAAGUUGGUGCCAUGGCUGAUCCUGGGGUCUAUACUGUAUGCAUCUAUCAGUACUGGCAUCCGCACUAUAUAUACAUGGACUGUUACUCCAAAAUUCUUCAUCAACUCUUUCUGCAAAAAUGCAACUCAAACCAAAGGAAUAGCUAUUAUACCAUUUUUGCUUUUGUUUAUUCAUCUUACAGUGCCAUCAAUUAUCUUACUCAUCACUCUUCUACUCUUGAUUUUCUCCCUGAGGAGACAUACCCAGAAGAUGAGAACCAUUGCUGCAGGCACCAGGGACCAAGGCAGGAGCUCCCUCUUCAGGGCCAUGCUGUCCAUCCUGUCUUUCUUAAUCCUCUACUUCUCCCACUACACCACUGCCAUUUUGUUCUUCUUUCAAAUUUUGCAGUUUGGAAGCUUCCUGUUUGUGUUCUGCGCCAUGGUGGCUGACACCUAUCCAUGUAUACACUCUGUCAUCUUAAUUUUAGGAAACCCUACACUGAAACAAAAUGCAAAAAUAUUCCUGUGCGGUGGUCAGUGUGAUCAGUGA